AUGACAACGUUGCACCACUCGCUCCACACCGGUGGUUCGCCCUGUCCAUGCUGCAGUCGACCGUGGGAGGAGUUGCCGGAUUUCAACCCCAAUGAAGCUGUGUCCUUAGCGAAAGGAGAACCGAGAGGAGACGGGAUUCUUCGCGUCUCAGGCGUUGUUUCUAGAGCCAGGAAGCUCAGUUCUCGCCUUCUGUUCGCGGAUGUGUCCUGGCCUCCAACCGGUGCGUCAGGUGGGCAAGAUGGAGGGGCUGAAGCCGUCACGUGCCGUUCACCACGGGCAGCGAUACGCCAUGCAUCUUUGAACACCACCACUAGUGGCUUUCCCAGAGGUGAAGAAGAGACGUGUUCAAGAUCACCAGUUGGUGAUUGGACAAAGAGGGACGGAACGAAGGAGAUGGAGCCGUCGCAGCACAGUGUGUCGUGCACGGAUAGGGGGUGGCAGGAAAACAACUUCAUCUCCCCUGAUGAGGGAGAAGCCGAGCAUCAUGCUGCGGGCCACGACAGAAAAGAUAAUCUCAGCGAACCUAGAUCUACGAAAACUGAAGCAGACCCCCCCGGUGGAUGUAAAACGCAGCUGGUGUUCGACUUUGCAGCGUUUGUGGGGAUCUGCAGAAACUGCUUCGCGCGCAGGAUUGGUCUCGAGAAUGGGCCGGAAAGCAAUCCGUCAGAUAAACUCUGUUUCGCACAAACCCAAGCAACAGACACCUCACCGGCGUCCUCUUCUGUAGACGGCCGCGCUUUCCCGCAGGAUGUCCGACAUACUUUGGAAAACACUUGCCAACCCCCUGAAGCAAUUUUCAGGAGCCUCUGUGCUCUGCUGCUCCACGCUGGUUGCCAGUUGUGCGUGGCAGGCAACCCCAUAAAAACGAAAAGCGGUCAUUUGUCGCUCUCUGUAACGGUCGUCACCUAUGUCCAGGCGCCGCCUACUUUUGAAGCUCUUAACAGACUGUGCAAGAGCGUCCAGGAGGCCACCUUGCCGCUAGAGGCUUUGAUUGCCUCGACGACCGUUGGGAGUCGGUGGCUCGACUGUUCGGGAACCACGCAGGGGAAGUCGCUAUUCCACCAGCUGCUGCAAUCAACGGCACAGGAAAGGAAACCUAUGCUCAAGAGGCUUUGCCGGCGUCUGACUGAUCGGCCACUAGAGAGAAUGCGGCCUCCAACUUUUGUCGCAGAAGACCUCGCCACUCUGGAUUUCACAAAGUUGCUUCGGACGGAGUGGCCGAUCUCUGACUACUUCGACAAUUGUCUCCAUUCCACAUGUACCGCAGCUGUGACCGGGCCCCAGAAACAAGCAAAGCCCACUGCGUCGUCUACCAAGAAAGCUGCCGAUAUGCAAGAGUAUAUGACCCACAAGAAAGGUCCUCAAGUUCGGUGGAUGAUACAGCAGAUCAGGCAUCUGUACGAGAGCUUGCACUCGCGACAGAUCUCGACACCAAGCUCACCGAGACUCGGAAGCAAGGAAACAGAAACUAAGAUUCGAUGUCUCGAUGUUGGAGGCGGAAGGGGAGACCUCGCAUUCGCCUUAGCUACUAGUUUCCCUCAGUUGCAUGUAACGGUUCUUGACAUCAAUGCGACGUCGCUCGCUGCUGCUCGACUGCGUGCGGAAGAUGCGGAAAUUCCCAACAUCGACUUCGUGUGUGAGGACUUCAGCCAGUAUGAAAUCAGCUCUGACACGAAACUGAUUGUGGGGUUGCACUCAUGCGGAGGUCUUGCUGACUCCAUCAUCUCGAGCGCUAUGGCACUAGGAGUAAGCUUCGUUGUCAGCACGUGUUGUUUCUGCAAGCAUCCUCAUCUCCGAAUGGAGUCCCUGGUGAAACAACUGCACGAGCUCCGUAAUGCUCGAUCGCGAACAGCAGUCGGAGAAGAGGAACGACCUGAACCACAGGGCGCAGAGCGCCUCAACCCAGAACAUUCCACCGUUGUGAAAGACCGUCAUCCUGUCGUGCUAAGCUAUCCAGAGCCCAGGCUUGCAGGAGAGUCGCAGAUGGACCAGGUGAUAAAGAUAGAGCCUCUUCUUCCCCGUCUGUGCAAGCUAGCAGAAAGCAGCGACAGGGCAGUAAGCCUAGCGGCCAUGCACGCGGUAAACGCCUGGCGACUAGCCUGUGUAAACGAGAUCAGCAGACAGCGAGUGACGCCGGACCUGAGCGGAUGCGAGUUGCCCCCAAGAAAUCCUUUGUACGGAGAACUCUGCAUAAAAGCAUUUGCGCAAGAGUACUCCCCCAAGAACCUUGUCCUUGUCGGUGUCGUGAGGUCUCUUGUGAAAUGA